UUCCUCGUGUGACACUGGAUGUCUGCGUGUCAAACACGACGGGACUCGUGCUGAUCAUGGAUGUUCACACUGGACCAGGAUGCAACUCUUUCUUCUCUCAUCUGUCCACUUUUUGCAUGGACUCUUUCUCCACCUGUUUCUCACGUGACUCAGACAAACCCUGCGUCCUCCUCGCUCUCAGCUCUUUGUCCUCACUCGCUUUACUUCUGUCCUCUCUGCUGUUAAUGUACCAGAGGUGCAGAUGUCGUGGGGGAGAUCUUGCAGAAGCAGCCAUCAUUUCCUUCUACUGCCUCCUGGGUGACCUGUGCAGCACCGUGGGAGCCAUUCUCUCCACACAGCUAUAUGUUCAGGUUCUAAUGGGCGCCUUUGCCGCUGCUGUGGAUGCCGUCAAUGUGAUGUGUUCCUGCUUCCCAGUGUUGCUGUGCUGGAACACAAAGACAGAGAGGAGGCUGAGGGUCCUGAGGAGGCGGAGGAGACAGCACCUCCUGGCGGUGUGCGUACUGAUGGUGGUCGCAGGAGGUUUUAUGAAGUCUCCGUUCAAACCAGCAGACGGGCUUCUCAGCGGGAGGAGACUGCUGCACGUCACCCUCCAAGACAACACUGAAAUCCUGGGUUACACACUUGGCUUGAUCUCUUUUGUCAUCGUCUGUACCUCCAGAUUCCCUCCAGCCCGCAGAGUCUACAGAGGACGGAUGUUGACCCAGGCCCAGUUGUUCUCAGGACUACUGUGCUCCCUGGCUGGUGGCCUCUACGCUGCUGUCCUCCUCCUCUACGACACUCAGAUGGGAUUCCUCCUGAAAGUCAUGCCGUGGCUGCUAUCAGCAAUAUGCGGAGUCACUCUGGAUCUUCUCAUUCUAAUCCUCCACUGGUACAAGAGAGGAACCAGGCAGCAUCUUAUAAGCUUGUCUCCAGACACAGAGCAUCUUUUAGGGGGCUCGGGCAUCUCCACUGAGGAGAAUGUUGCCAUGAAGAACCACAGAAAACCAAAAAUGAAUUCAUCACCACGAACAGAAACAAAAAAUGUCCAGAAGAUGUCUGAAAUGGGCCGUUACAUGGACGUGAGUGUUCACCCUGCAGGGAAAGUUUGCUUGCAGGAGGCGGAGGGCGAGCGUCUCGACUGGGCAGGGCGAGGGAUCAGAGUUGAACGCCUGUCGGAUUCGUCCUUCGACUCCUCAAUAGUCAGCUCAGAUCUGGAGUGGGAUUUUGAAGAGGCAAAUGAUCAGUGGAGAGGACCAACGGCAAAACGACCGGAGGAUGAUGAGUUCCCCCUUCAACAGUGUCCAGCAAACCCCAAACCCUUCACCAGCUGCACCUGUUCCAUGUCUGGACUCCUACAGAAAACACUGUCUGGUAAAGACGAGGGUGUAAGAUCCACAAAGUGA